AUGAAUAUUUGGAAGCAACAAUUAGUUAGCAUAUUCUACAGAAAAUCGAUUAUUCCUCUCGGUGCAUUUUUCAAUACCUCAAUCUUUCUACAAACGACAAAGAAAAUGGGAAUAAGGCCUCUUUCAUCAACAUCCUUUUUUGCUAACGAACCUAAACGAAUAAAGAUGUCUAAUGAAGAUUUGGAUGCUCUGUUCUCCGAUUCAGGUGAAUGGGAAGUAGAUAUGCAUAAUGAAGUGAAAAAUGAUGUAUCUGAGAAUGAUGACGACGUAAUAUUAAUGAGAGGCUUACAAUAUAAUCCAGUAGAUCCUGCAAAGAAACUCAUGGGUGCAUCAUCAAUUAUAUUUCCAAAAACUAAUAGCGAGCAAAUAAAAUCAAUGCCUUCAGGAGUAGAGAAAUCUUUCACCUUGACUAAAAAAAUACCUCAGGUAACUUUCAAGGAUAAUGUUGAUAUCAAGACAGAACGUUUCAGACAGCCUUUGAACCGUAAGGAAAGUAAUUUAGAACCUGCGUGUACCAAACACAAUGAGUUAAGACCAUCUUUUCCCUCAGAAAAACAGACACCAGAGGAAUCAACGAUGCUUCGAAAACCCUCAGUACCACCAGUUACCAAGUGGCCAACGACACUUCCCGUAGUUUCUAAUUCAGCACAAAGUAAUAUAUCAAUGAACGAUUCUAGUCUCGAGAUAAUUAAAGAAGAAACCAAGGUAACACAUAGUAAUAAAUUCACGCUACUAACACAACCACCAACUUUCACUAAUCUCGAUAUGGAAACCCCUACGAAAAAGUUAAAUCUACCUAAAAAUACAAAGAUUAAGAUACCUAUUCGUUUAAGUACGGAACAAGAAAAUAUUAUAACAUUGGCUGAAAAAGGUAUAAAUAUCUUUUAUACUGGAAGUGCAGGUACAGGGAAGUCCAUUCUGCUGAGAGAAAUGAUUAGAGCUUUAAGACGAAAAUAUGAUGCUGAUGAGGUGGCCGUUACUGCAUCUACCGGUUUGGCAGCCUGUAAUAUUGGAGGUAUUACUGUUCAUUCCUUUGCUGGUAUUGGAUUGGGUAAUGGAGAAGCUGUAAACUUAUAUAAGAAAGUCAGAAGAUCGAAGAAGCAUUUAAGACGUUGGCAAAAAAUUAAAGCCCUUGUUGUCGACGAAAUAUCCAUGAUUGACGGUAAGCUAUUGGAUAAAUUGGAUUAUAUUGCACAGAAAAUUAGAAAGAACCAUGCACCAUUUGGUGGUAUUCAAUUAAUCUUCUGUGGUGAUUUCUUUCAAUUACCGCCGGUUUCCAAAGACCCUCAAAAUCCGACAGUUUUUGCAUUCGAAUCCAAGGCGUGGAAGGCAGGUAUCAAGUCCACAAUCAUGUUACAAAAGGUGUUCAGGCAACAGGGUGAUGCUGAAUUUAUUACCAUGUUGAAUCAAAUGAGAUUGGGAAAAAUAGAUGAAAAUACUGAACGAGAAUUCAAGAAGUUAACUAGGCCAUUGGCAGAUGAUGAAAUUAUCCCAGCGGAAUUAUAUAGUACAAGAGCAGAAGUUGACAGAGCAAAUUUCUCAAGGUUGAAUAAACUACCAGGCCUGACCCAUACAUUCGAAUCAAUUGAUGGCGGUGAAUUACAAGAUCAAGAGAUGAAAGAACGCCUUUUACAGAACUUUUUGGCACCAAAGACUUUACAGUUGAAGGUGGGGGCCCAAGUGAUGAUGAUAAAGAAUAUGGAUGAAACGUUGGUUAAUGGAUCAUUAGGUAAAAUUUUAGCAUUCGUUGAUCCACAAACAUAUAUGUUCUACAAAACGAUCAGUGAUGAUCCGACAGUUCCUCUUUCACAAUUGGAAGACUUGGUGUCUAAUCCUCAACCUCUUAUGGACAGUUGGAAUGAAGAAAAAGAUACUGAUAAUGUAAGGCAGAAAAGCGCAAAAGAUUCCUUUUGUAGACCUAAAACUACCGAUAUUAAAGCGGAGCUAGACGAUAGCAUAUUUGAUUUCUUAGAUGGUGUGGAAGGCCAAGAUAUUGAAAUAGAUACGAAUAUUAAAAGAAAAAAAGAAUUAAUGCAAAUGUUACAUGCAAGUUCCAAUGGCAGAAAACUUCCUCUUGUCCGGUUUAAGACAUCAGAUUUGUCAACAAGGACCAUAUUAGUGGAGCCAGAGAAUUGGGCUAUUGAAGAUGAAAAUGAAAAACCGAUUGUUUCUAGGGUACAACUGCCUCUGAUGCUAGCGUGGUCAUUGUCCAUACACAAGGCACAAGGACAAACAUUACCAAAGGUCAAAGUGGAUCUAAGGCGGGUGUUUGAAAAGGGCCAAGCUUAUGUGGCGUUAUCGAGAGCAGUUUCGAGAGAAGGUCUACAGGUUCUUAAUUUUGAUAGAACAAGAAUCCUUUCACAUCAAGCAGUUAUCGAUUUUUACUCAACUCUUACAUCUGCAGAGAACGCGAUAAAGCAAUUUGAUCAUCUGCCGAAAGAGACAAGCAGCGGAAUAAGAAGAGAAUAUGCCCCAACCUCUAACUACCGAGCUUCUCGGUCGUCUACCAAAACACCAGCAGGAACUGAUGGCAUAUUAGCACUCUUAGAGAAACAUAAAAAGUAA